UGCCCCCUGUCGUUCUCUUUUCCACAAACAUUCGCGGCGCUAGGACGGGUUUCACGCGGGCUGCGGGUUUUAUUUUUUGCAUCAUCCUUUGCAAAAGUGUCGAGACAGUAAAAGCAGUAGCAGCAUCCCGCGAAAAGGUCAGCCAGAGAGAGACAGAGAAGCAGCAGUAGCUCCCUUCUCCUUGCCCGUGUCUGUGUGCGUGAGUGAAAAAAAGGCCAAAAAGGAGUAGCAGCAGUGGUGUGAAAAACCAUUUUGGUUAACAAAAGUGUGAAGUUUGUUGUGCGGCGGUGUGCUCCCGAUCUGCAAAAAGUGCAAAAGGGCGUGUGUGUCUGUGUGUGUGUGUGUUAAAAGCCUAACAAAAAGAAGUUAAAAUGCCGCAAACAAACGGAUUCGCUGCCAGCAACUCCAACGGCCACAGCGGGUACGAGAUGGAGGACGGCUGCUCCUUCCUCUUCACAUCCGAGUCGGUCGGCGAGGGCCAUCCGGACAAGAUGUGCGACCAGAUUAGUGACGCCAUCCUGGACGCUCACCUGCAGCAGGACCCGAACGCAAAGGUGGCUUGUGAAACGAUCUCCAAAACCGGCAUGAUUCUCCUGUGCGGAGAGAUCACCUCCAAGGCAGUCAUCGAUUACCAGCGCGUUGUGCGCGAAACGGUAAAGCACAUUGGCUACGAUGAUUCCUCCAAAGGGUUCGACUAUAAGACAUGCAACGUGCUGCUCGCACUGGACCAGCAAUCGCCCAACAUUGCCGCCGGGGUGCAUGUGAACAGGCCCGAGGAAGAGGUCGGCGCAGGUGACCAGGGUUUGAUGUUCGGUUACGCCACCGAUGAGACGGAGGAGUGCAUGCCGCUGACGGUCGUGCUCGCCCACCGACUGAACGAGAAGAUUGCGGAGCUGCGCCGCAGCGGCGACUUCUGGUGGGCCCGCCCGGACUCGAAGACCCAGGUCACGGCCGAGUACGUGUUUGAGUCGGGCGCGUGCAUCCCGCAGCGCGUCCACACGGUCGUCGUGUCGCUGCAGCACUCGGACAAGAUUACGCUCGAGGAGCUGCGCAAGGAAAUCAUGGACAAGGUGAUCAAGGACGUGAUCCCGGCCAAGUACUUCGACGCGAACACGAUCGUGCACAUCAACCCGUGCGGGCUGUUCAUCAUCGGUGGGCCGCAGGGCGACGCCGGCCUGACCGGGCGCAAAAUCAUCGUCGACACGUACGGCGGCUGGGGUGCGCACGGUGGCGGUGCGUUCUCGGGCAAGGACUUUACGAAGGUGGACCGGUCGGCGGCGUACGCCGCCCGCUGGGUCGCCAAAUCGCUCGUGAAGGCGGGCAUCUGCCGCCGGUGCCUGGUGCAGGUGGCGUACGCCAUCGGGCUGGCCGAGCCGCUGUCCAUCACAGUAUUCCACUACGGCACGUCGAAGUACAACCAGCAGGAGCUGCUGAAGAUCGUCUCGGACAACUUCGACCUGCGCCCGGGCAAGAUCGUGAAGGAUCUGAACCUGCGCACGCCGUUCUACCAGCGCACCAGCACGUACGGCCACUUUGGCCGCCCGGGCUUCCCGUGGGAGGAGCCGAAGGAGCUGGUGAUUGAAUGAUGCCGGCCGGCGGCCGAUGCUGCGGUCGAGCCGCCGGCGCCGGUCGCUGGCGAGGGGGAGCGUGCCACGUACCGUCCGGCGGGCGGUAGUGCUGACGGUGCGGCGAUCGGUGCCGGGGCGGCGGCUUCUUGCGCCAGCGCCGGGGCGGAAGCGAGCGCUUGCAAGAAAGCGAAACUAGAUAUUUAAGUGUCUUCAGUGUGGACGUAAUAGCUCGUUUAUUUUUUGCAACCAACUUUUUUUUUGUCACUUAAUGAUGCACACAAACACACACUCUAAGCCGUGUGUCGUAGCGGGUGGCCGUGGCCUUUUCUGCUGAAGCCCGUCUUUAGCUGUCGCAUACAGGUGUGUGUACUUCGGUGUUUGUAACGGUUACAUCUCUCUAUCUCCUUCCAUUGUGUUAUCUUCGGCUAUCCCGUUUUGGACACUUAAUACCAUGGCAUAAAGCAAAAUGACGAAGAUAGUGACGUAGACAUCCUAUCGUAUAAACAGAACAAAAAAAAAACAACUACAAGACAUAACAGAAACACAGAGCAUUUCAACACAAAAAUGAUGGGAAUGCAAUUGCCAACAAUAGCAAUGGAGCGCAAAAAGUAAUCGCGUUUAUGAAAAGACGAAGACAAUUUACUAUGUAAGAGCCAAGCGAGCGCGCGCGCAAUGUUUGAAGUGCUAGAAUUGUAAGGAUUGAAACAACAACAAAAAAGCGUUAAAUUUAUGGGAGUAUGUUUCCCCACGUUCGGCGUCGUCCCCGCACUACUCGAGCGGAGCUAGACCAUUCGGUAGGCCACAGUAGGACCAACAAAAAAAAACGAGAUCAAAGUGCGCACGCAUCCACAUUACGCGGGUUUGCGAGGUGUACUGCCUGCUGCAAAACUUGCUGUGCGGUGGGAGGGGAAGAUUGGUGCCACCACAGGAGCCACUGUGCCACAGGGCCUUUCCACUAGAGCAAAUAAAAAGCCUGGGGAAUGGUCGUGAGAGUGUGCUCGCUCGUGUGUGCCGCAUGGUUAUCGACAUUUCGACACAGGGCUUUCGAAUAUUAGAUUAAAGGAAGGGCACCACCGUCGUUGCAGCAAAAUGUUGCUACACAUGAAGCACAAAGAUGAUGCGCCUGUAAACCGCAUUUAAUUUGGACUGUAGAUAUCGCUAUCGAAGCAACAGGUGUUGUUGUCGUAUUGCUAGUGCAGAAGAGGAGCUAGUAGUUCCAGCGUGUAUAGGUUUCUUCCAGGCUACUAGGCAGGCAGCUAUAGGCGAAACUUUCCUGAUCGGCGCGUUCUCAUCCCCGCAUAACUUUCCUAUCGCGAAAACGGUUUUUACGUUCCUUUCCACUAAAUGAUGAGUGAGCAUUUACACAAAAGCAGGAAGGCAGUUUAGGACGUUAAUGGAAUCCAAACGGUGCUGUUGUGGAUGCCGGGAGGGCCUAGCCUUCCCGGGAAUCCCUCCAAAUCUAGGACACGAGAGAGAGAAAGAGAGAGAGAGCGAGCAAGAGGAGCUAGGAGAAUGAUAAUUUUACACACUUGAUGAACACACCGGCAUCAAAAUUUGGUUUUGCUUGCCAGGAAUGUAUCAUACUGCCAAUUGAAGACAGAGUUCAGAGGUCAAGAAGGCUAGUGUUCGCUCAGACACACAGUUUUGCACAAAUAGGUUCAUGCUCCCCUCUUCUUCUCCCCUUAUUUUUGAGUUGUUUUGGCUUUGAGCGAGAACAAACCAGGACACGAACCAGUGCAAUACCUAAAUACCGCGUUUGUUUUGUGGUUUUAGGAUUUAAAAUCCAUAAAUUUAAAUUCUAAGAGUACGAAAUUGUGACACACACACACACCGAUACACAACGGUAAUUGGCAUUAUUAAUUGCACUGAAACCCCGAUAUUGUAGAGCAGUUGGCGCACACCAACAGGUGAGGGGUAGCUUUAGAGUAGGUUUUGGUAAGACGUUUGGCAAAGCAGGACCAAAAAAAAAAAGUUAAGGACGAAACCCCUCCAACUAUGCGGGUUUCAGAAAACAUUUUUUUGAUCAUUUUGUCAUCGUUGUUCAACCAAACCUAGUGCUCUUAGUGCGCCGGAAAGUCCAAAGGAAAUGCGGUUUUAUCUUGCCCCACCCUCCCUACCAGCACACGUUUUGUGUUGUGUUUACGAAAAGGAUUUUAUUUGUGGAAAAGAGCUUUUUCGAAAAUACUCCGGUCCGCCGAAUUGGUCGAAGGGUGCAUUCUCGGUACGACAAAAAAAUGGAGCAAAAUUGUGCAUGAAACAGAAAAAAAGGAAAAAAAAACUAGAUUUAUGUACUAAGCAGCACACAGAUCGCGCAAGCAAAGAGAGAGGAAUCUGUUGUGCUUUCUAACAAUGAUACAAUUAAACAAACAAUGAAAAUACACAGAUAACAUAGAUGCCAUACACACAGCAGUGGCGGUGGAAGAAUCGAAGCAAAAGAUCAGUAAAUUAUGGUACAAAAAGUGUAAAGAAUCGGUUCCACGCCACGGGACGCUAACAAUCGUACAGCGGUACGACCGUCGUAAAGAUCAAUCGUACAGCGGUACCACAAGCGCCUGUUAACAACACCUUCUUAGGUUUUUGCACAUAGAAAAACACAUUUAAUAAUUUUAAAAAGAUGAAACUCCUGCAAAGCACACACAAGCGUAUAGAAAACAACAGAAACCGAAAAAAGAAAGAACGAAAGGAAAAGAAAGGUUAAAAAAGCGAGAAAGAAAAGCUAGUACCGAGACACGCUCCGUGACAGAGUGCGGGCGAGCACAACACCCUAAGCUAAUAAAACAAACAAACAAACAAAAAAAGUGUAAAACAUAUAAGAUGCAUCUUUAACGAACGAAAGCAAACAAAAAAUCAUUAUAAAGUGUUUGAAACAAAACCAGAUUUUUCCCGCUAUUUUUGCAUGUGCGACAAGCAAACUCGGAGAUAAUUGUGAGUAACAAGCAAAAAACAAACAAAACAAACAAACAAGAUGAUUUAAAAUACACCUACUUCUAUUCUAUUUCAAGUGAUUGAGAUACAUUAGAA